AUGGGCGCCAGGCGCGGUAUUUCCGCGCCACGAUAUCGAAACGGUAACGGCAAGCUCAGUUUAUGGCAGAGGGGCAGAGUUCUUUGCGAAAAUACAAGCCAGGCGGAAUCAAUGCCGACACAAGCAUUGUCGGCGUCGGAAUCGCCAUCGACGGAGGUUCCGACGCCGAUGGCGGAUCCGACGCCGACGUCGGUGGAGAUCCCGGCGUCGACGGAGGUUCCGACGCCGAUAGCGGAUCCGACGCCGAUGGCGGAUCCGACGCCGAUGGCGGAUCCGACGCCGAUGGCGGAUCCGACGCUGACAGUGGUUCCGACGCCGAUGGAGAUCCCGGCGUCGACGGAAGUUCCGACGCCGACAAGAAUGAUAACAUUAAGUGACGGGGAGGACGAGGAGGACAGAGAGGACGGAGAGGACAGAGAGGAGCAAGAGGACAAAGAGGAGGAAGAGGAAGAGGACGGCAACGAGGCAGGGGCAAAGAGGGAAUAA